ACGAGAUCGGCGCACCACUGCUAGUGAUAGCUCUUUAUUCCAUUCCGGCAGUAGCAGCGCGUCCUUGUUAGCAGCUGCUGCUGCAUCAAGAACCGGGAGUAAAGUAGUCGCAGGCCGAAGUAGCACCACCAGCACAACGGCGAGUGGCUCGUCUUUUGAGGAGACCGGGGUAUCCAGGUGCAGUACCUCAGUUCACGCGGACGUAUUUCCUCCUUCGGGAACUUCCUCCUUAGCGAGUUCUCCGCUCUCUUCAAGCGCAAGCACACCCUCGGAAACGGUAGGAACGCUGCUGCUUGGUAGUCUCGGCACUCCCAGUGCUGCGCUGUCACCGUCGAUAUCAUUGGCAGAGCCCGAGCUAACCUCCAAGGACUCGAAUUCUAGGACCACUUUUGAGAGAGCUUCGUCGCCUACUCUCCGACGCCCGAAGAACACAGCGUCUCUUGUGAAGCAGGUGCUCGACUAUUUAGCACGAGUGAUGCUCUUGGAUGGAGCAGGAUGUUGGAAUUCCUGGCAGGAUCUGCAGGAAGUGGCAACAUGCGAUUGGUUCAUCUCCCAGGAUUGGUGUAUCAGUUUCGAAUUUACCCGAAAACAAAAGUGGGCAGCUGCGGACGUGGCGUGCUUCAUCAUCGCCUCAAUAUCCCAAAUUCUUUCCGAUAUUGAGACGCAUGAAAGGUAUCUAGUCAUAGUAACUGCAUGAGCUCGGAACUCAACAAAAUAUUUCUUCUGUCAUUGACAUUUUUCAUUGCUGUCUGAUAAAGCUCCACGCUCGUUCGCUCAUUAUGACUAAGUGCAUUCAAAAACCUUCAGGCACCUGGCAUUAUCGGCAUCGGGGAGAUUGGGGAAAGGCAAAGGCACUGCUAGUACGAAUCAGACUUGGUGCAAUGAACGGGACUUGGUUGCAAAAUUUUCGAGAUUUGGCAAAGAAGUGCUCAUGCGAAGCAAAAAACAGCAGAAGAACCUCUUUUCGCACAUCGAUUUCCGAAAUUUCGUUGCUUCGAUGGAGGUUGGAAGGUAGAAACUAGAAAGUAGGCAAAUGUUUGAUUUUUACAACAGGAAAAACGAUUUAUUACUACUUACUGUCAAAAUGGCAAAUGCUUUUUGCUCGUUGAGCCGGAGAAUUUUUACAGCCUAUUGAAUUCCAGCUGAUCUAUGGCUACUGCUACUAAUGUUUAUUCAUUUGAUUGUUCAGUCUCCCACUUCCUCUUCACGAACCAACUCUUCAUCUUCAACCAUUCCAGCUACUACGGCGUGGACGGCUUAUCUGAAGGUUGCACGGUGCUCGAAGUGGGUUGCGGCAACUUCUCCUUUGCCGAAGCCGUUUGUGAUAGCCUCCAGAAAGAACAGAAGGAAGGGCAGAAGAGUGUCACCUACGUAGCGUCAUCGAAGGAAAGCUUUGCAUGUUUGCAGCACAAGUACGGCGAAUCUGAGAUGGCCACUGCUGACGACAAUGAGAAAUACCAAUGCCUGUACAACAUCGAUUUGAGUUGUCCGACUUCUUGCUCCACCAAGCUCCUUGAAGCUUAUCCGGAUGGAUUUAGCAGCGUGCUAUUUCUGAACCCCCACGCCGGCGACGAGCGCGAACGGAACGUGCACUUGCUGGAGCAUUUUUUCGAGGUCUGUGAUCGUGUCCUUAGCCGCGACAAUCCUCGUGCGAGUGUGCAACUGACUCUGGCUAAGCCUGAUGUGCACUAUCAGCAGUGGAAUGUGUCAGCGGUUGCGGCCAGGGCCAACUUCCGCCGCGUCAGCUCGAAGCCGCUCUUUCUAGCGAAGUUCCCGAAAUACCAACCUGUGUAUGGGGACAAACGAGACGAGAAAACGCAAAUGGGACUUCUGGCUGGUGGCAAGCAUGGCGGAAAAAUCUACUUCACGUGCAACCCUAUAACCUACAUUUUCGAACGGCGACCACUCAUUCCACCCAUUUGA